AUGCACACAGACAAGACCGGUCGCAGCAGGAUGAAUUCGAAAGCAUGUGACCAAUGCUAUAGGUGUAAAGUCAAGUGCACAAUGGAGCUCAGCGGCUGUGGGCGCUGCCGACUAACGGGUGGUGUAUGCACGUACAGCCUGGGAAAAUGGAUGGGCCGGCCGAAGAAGUCGAGCCAGCAAAACUCCAAUGCCCAAGCAAGAAGAAUGAGAGAUUCUGAAAGUGCCUCUCUAGAGCACAAUCACAUCAUACACGUGCCAGAUACACGACAAGGAUGGGAGCUGCUUUCAUCCUCUAUGGACGACUCUGAAAUGAACACUUUUAAUCAUGAGACAAUGUCGCUAUUCUCUAUGGGUGACAAUAUCGAAAACAAAGCUGAAGACUGCUACAAUAGCCCCGAGGAAUGCUUGAGUAUCAACACUUCAGAGAAGAAGACAAGCGCCAGUUCCAUCUCUCCCGCUUGGGCUCAAGCAAGAGAGACACCAACAAGAGGCAUGGAAACCGGUAGCACCCAAUCGCCACGGGAGAGCCAAAAAGGCACCUACCGUAAACAUCAAGACAGCACACACUCAUGUUUGCCAACUCCACAGAGCCCAGUCUAUCCUCGCAAAUUCGACUUUGAAAUGAUGGGUACUGAUUUCAUAGCUUCGCCACCAGUAUCCAUGGUAGGCAACAUCGAAACAAACUCCACAAGAUAUGCGGAAGACAUGGAUUGUAGACAAACGCAUGCCGUAAUGCAAGAAGUAUCUACCUCGCCUAACGAGCAAGCGUGCCACUGCAAGUGCUCUCAAGUUGCGCUAGCCUGCCUAGACAAAAUCUCUGUCGUGCCGUCUGAAGCCCGGUACAUCGACCGCCUCAACAUCAUCCAGUCUGCCCUCAUGACCGCAGAGCGGCUAGUCCUCUGCACAGACUGUCCGCCUAACAUGACCAUCGCAAGAUGUUGCUUUAUCCUGGGAAACACUCAUGAGCUGGUGAGUGAUGCGAACUCCCACUCUGGAGACGCAUCCAGCCCUACUGCCACCAUUUUUUCGCGCCAAUCAAUAGAAUUCACGCGGCGCAUCAAGCGCCGCGCUAGCAUGCUUUUUGCGGGGUUGAAAACGUUGCAAGAUCUAGGGUCCGGGGAUCGGCGUCUUUCAAAUAUGCAGUCUGAGUUCUUAUCAGUGCUUGCGAAUUCUUGGCUUGCUCUACCAGAUUAUCGAGAUUAA